ACUGCGUAUUGAUGCCUCAUUCCUUUCUACUUAUUAAUAUCAGUAUUUUGUAGAACAAACUUUUCAUUAUCGUGCAAAAUAUCUCAAAUAUUCCUCAGGAUUGAACGUAAUUGUUUUUACCAUCAAAUAUCUUCUCAUAUUCUGAUUCAAGAGUUUUGAAAAGAUUAAUCGAAAACUAAGUCAAGAAAAAUUAUUGCAGUAAUAUGGCACCUACUAUUGAUUCUUUUAUGAACUCAUUUACCAAUAAAUUGGAAAGUCCAGUACGAAAGCAUUUAAAAAAUGUGUAUGGAUGCCUUUCAUUGUCUACUUUAUCAGCUGCAUUUGGAGCUUAUGUUCAUUUACAUGCAAUCUUUCAAGCCAGUUUUUUGACAACAUGUUUGGCUUUUGGACUUCUUAUUGCCUUAGUCCUUACACCUGAUAAUGGGAAAAAUCACUCCCUACGCCUAGGAUAUUUCUUAGGAUUUUCAUUUUUCACUGGGAUAGGACUUGGUCCAUUAUUAAGUGUUGUUAUUGCUAUAGAUCCAAGCAUUGUUAUGACAGCUCUUAUUGGUACUUCAGUACUUUUUGUUUCCUUCAGUAUAUCAUCACUUUUGUCCGAACGAGGCCAAUGGCUCUAUUUAGGAGGAAUAUUAAUCAGUGCUAUGAACUUACUAAUGUUCUUUUCAUUAGCAAAUCUUUUCUUUAGAUCAAAUUUGAUUUAUCAACUUAAUUUAUACAUUGGUCUGAUGCUAAUGUGUGGAUAUAUUAUUUAUGAUACUCAACACAUUAUUGAGAAAAAUCGCAUGGGUAACAAAGAUUUUAUCGCUCAUGCUCUUGACUUAUUCCUCGACUUAGUUCAUGUAUUUCGACACCUACUGAUUCUUCUUACAAAAAAGCAAGAAGACAAAAAACGUAAACAGUAACAAACUGGAGUGAAAAAAUGUACCAAUGGAUAUAAGAAAUUUAACUAUUAAUUACUUAUUUACUAUUUGUCGAAGCGGUUUAGAUAAUCUUAUUAAAAGACAAAAAAUGAUUAUAUCAAUAAUCUAUAUUGCUUUCUGGAGAAAAUUAUAAACAAAUUUUUGUUAAAUCUUUAAAAAUAAAAUAUGAUAAGCCUUCGCCAAGGUUUAUAUUAAGUCUCGAUUGUGACUUCUUUUCUGUAAUUCUAAUAAAUGUUAUUAAAAAUUAA